AUGCUUGCUAUACCGUCUUCUGAAAGUCCAAACAUUAACCAACUACUAGAGUGGAGAAGCAGCAGAGACAGGGAAGAGUUUCGUACGUCGGAACUUUGCCUCAGAUUAAAUGAAGCUCUUGCGACUCGCUCAUGGAGCCAAGAAGUUGCCUGCCUGCUCCCUGAUAGGGGGCACAUCAUAGCCGCCCACCCGAUCUCUCCUCCACAAAUGCUUUAUGAGGUCCUGACAAUCUACUUCCAUGUAGACUUGGAUCAGGGGACUAUCUCCUCUAUUGAAAAGUUUAGAGGGUUACCUUGCUGGCACAUUGAUGGUGAAAACCCAGCUGAAUAUCCCUCAGCGGCGCUCAAGGACCAAAUUCCUAUAAUGUGGAAAGAGGACACUUGUGAGUACCAGGGACAAACUGCAAGGCGGUUUGUUUACUUCAUCAAGUUCGUCAACGAGGAAGGAGAACGAGUCUAUAAAGAAAAGAUGAGGUAUAAUCCACGCGGGAGGCCACCUUGGGACAUCAUGUUAUAUUUCUUUGGCCAGCUGGAGGAUCUUGGGAUGAUCGGGUAUGAAUCGCUGCAUGUUGAAUUUGUGGAGGUUGUUCACUAUGUAUCGGAGAACUACGUACCAGAGCCUCCUUCACCAACUCCUAAAACGAUGGAAUGCCCGCCACAUAAUAUGGCAGAACUCGAAGCUGAUUCCGGUGAUUUAUAA